AUGCUUCCUCGUGGUGGUGAUAGACACAGAACUUCCGCAUUACCUGGCGGAGCAUACGGGAUAGACCCCCGGUCAAUGACAGCAAGUGAUGUUGGCAUUGCCUUGCAGCAGGCCCAGCAGGGAGUGCAAGGCUUUGACUUUGGAGAUCAUCCCAACAUGCGCCAUCAGCUUGACCCGAACUCACCAUACUAUAACCCACGGCAAGAAGAGCAGCUGAACUACAAUGGGGGUCAACACGGAGUUCCCCAUCAUCUUGGAAAUGGCUUCAUGCAGAAUCCUAACAUUGCUCAAAACGACAUGGCGCUGGCUGAGCUUGUUCGCCGGACAAACCUGGCCGUGUCCCUUGCAAAUCACAAUAUCAAUCCCCGAAGCCAGUUCACCCAGGUACAUCCUAUGAUGUGCUUUGACGGGAGAUUCCCUACGGAUUUCCGCAGUCCCAAGACUGUUGAGUCGGUCAAGCUGCUAGAUGGUGAGUGUCGUUAUGUAUAUCCUGGUUGA